UUAAUUUGUUGUUUUAUCUAUACACUUAAAAUAAUUACAACCGGUUAGAUGCUAUAAAAACAUGUUGUUAGCUACAAAAUGUAUUUAGUUUCAAAAUUAAAAUUAAACUUUACGACAAUGUUGAAAGUAUUUUGUACAUUUUUUGCAUUAAUUGCUGUUUCAAAUGCUGCUUUUCCUCGAAAAAUCUCUUUUAGUUCAGGACAUUUAUUUCAAGGAAGAAAUGCCACUGGUGUAAUGGUAAAAAACAAUAAUGGCCAACAAGAAAUUAUAUGGGAAAAAAAUCAAGAUAAUUUGAAAGUUUAUUUCUCAAAGAUUUACGAAGUAACAGGAAAAGUGGAAACAUUGGAAUUUGAAAAUAUAUGUGAUAAAACAAAAAAAGGAUCUAUAAAAGAGUCUGUUAAAAAGUUUACUCUAAAUAAACUUGGAAAAGCUAAUAAAUGUCCAAUAAGAAAGGGUACAGUCAAAAUUAGGUACCCAAUUAGUUUUUCAUUUGAAGAAGAAGUAAAAGGUAAUCAUUGUGGACCAUUAAUUGGAAUAAUACAUAUUGUAAAAAAUAAGCAAGAAAAUUCUACAACAACUCCUUUACUUAUUACAUUUUUGUUUAGAGGAUUUAUAACCGGUGAUGAUUGUUAAAAUCAUAUAUAAUAUUCAGGAGAAUGUUACAUAAUAAUAUAAUAAAAUAUUAACAAAUGUAACACAUUACUUUAAAAAACUAAAAUUUGAUUUUAUUUACAGAAAAUUCUUUCUAAAUUGUCAAAAAAAAUUUAAUAUUUUUUUUUCCAUAAAAGCAAAUUUAAAUCAUGUUCCGAUUAUUGUAAAAAAAAAAUUAUAAAGAAUCCAUUUUUGCAAAA